UUAUUUAUUUCGUUUUGUUUGGUUUGGGAUGUUACAACUCUCCCCCUCUUAAAUGGAUUUCGUCCCCGAAAUCCUCUUAAGGCUCAAUUACGAGGACUAAGGUAAUGAUAAAUUUAUCGCCUUCAAAAUUUCCGUACCAACCUUUGUAGGAGUUCAUCGGAGGGAGCUUGGGCAGUUGAGUUCCACCUUCCCACCUUUGUAUCACCGUGGCUCACAAUUGAUAACUUUUUCUUCCAUCCUAACAAGUCGUGUCAUUGGAUUCCUAGGUUGAUUUGUCACAAUAAUACGGAGUGAGCUUGGUAUAUUUACACCAAAGGGAACGCGGCUGGAGUGGUACGGCUCUUUGCCCUCGCCCGGGACGUUGCGGGCUCGAGUUCCACCGAUGCCAGAUUUCGAACCCUAACCAUCUUUUUGCUUCUCUUUAUAUCCAUGGUUCCUCAACUUGCAAUCUCCCCCUCUUUUGGCUUUCUCCGGAGCAUUCAAUCCCCAAGAUUUAUUAUACUAAUUGGGGUACACCCCUCAAUGAUUACUCCUAGAUCAAAAUGAUUGCCCUUUACCACUUGGCUCUCCUUUAAAAGACACCCCUCCUAGGCAACUCUUCGUAUUAGUGUACCAUUUGUUCAACAAACUUAUCCGUUGGUUUAGGUAUCUCACUACUCAAGAUGACUGUGAUUCCUUGUUUUCCCAAGGUUCCCGUAGGUAUUUUCCCAAUGUUAACCUUCACCACUAGUAACCUUGAUUUCGGCCACUAUAAGGUAGCAAGUUUGGACUUCAUGCAUCCAUCAUUCAUGCCCUUCCUUUCAGGAAAAUCCCACCUUUCUAGUGGUCAAUCAUCACUCACCACCUUCCACCCCGUACUAGGUGAAGGCAAUCUCAUCACACGUUAAUUAGUUAUCCUCGAACUUAUUUCUCAUAUGAGAAAUUAAGUCUCAAGGUGGCGAUUGUGGCAUCCUACAUUCUCUUUAACGGCCACUACUCCCACUGUCCCACAUCCUUUUGUUCCCCGUCUCAGGACAUCGAAUUCACUAUAGGUUUCUUACUUUAUCUAGCCGUGUUAAAAUGGAAUUCAAGACUCCAUCAUUCCAUCGCAAUCCCAUUAGGAUUUGCAGAUGUUUCGCUCAAUUCUUGUAACUCUUACUUCCUUUAUCCAGGAAGUUCCAUCUAGCCAAGCGAGAGGAGGCACCUUUGCACUGAUCGAUGGAUUUCAGGAGGAAAAUGCUUCACUUUUUUUUACCCAAAAUGAGUUCCCGUAGCUCAUUUCCAAAACCUCUUUCAAAUCAUCCCUUUCUCCGAAAUUCUUUCAGAACAAUUGAAAUCUUUUUGACCAAAUGAAACUGACUUUUACUUUGACUAUGCAACACGUCAUCAUCAUUGGUCUCAAUUUAUGGAAAGUCUAGUGCAAGUACAGAUAUGGAGUACUCCCUACUCUUUUGAGGGUGAUCAAUCCUCAAGAGCGAAAGUAACAUACCCAUAAUGCAGAAAACAAACCAGCUCUGAUACCACAUGUAACACCCCACCCUAAAACUCAUGGGUUGAACCAAUGGUUCACCCGCACAACGGAAUCUCUAUUGGGGGUUACGCAAAAACUCAACUGUUUUACUACGGUAACAUACAUACCAACAUCAUUAUAAUCCAAAAUCACAACAAUCAAUUCACAAAUUACUCAUCAUAUACCAAAGAUCAACUCGAUCUUGUUCAUUCAUUUCAUGUCAACCAAAUCAGAGUGUCAUUCACUACUAUGUUCAUUACGGUACCAUCUACUAUGCAAUACUCAAAUCAUUGACUCAUAAAACAUAAAUGGGAGUCACUUCAAAAUCUGGAAAAGUUCAAAACCAAUCCUCCAUCGAUCAUUGUGCAGUGCCAGAGUUUCUCUCAAUUCAUUCGAACCUGUAAAAAACUGAACAGAAGUGGGUCAGCAACUAAGCUGUGUGUGUGGAUCUUUCCCACGACCUAGUUUUGCGACCGCAAUCAGCUAAUCAAACAGUCGCAAUCAAUCAUAAUUUAGUACUCUAGAUGCCAUCUUAAUUCAUCAUAUAUAUAAAUCAUCAAUCAAUAUAACGAACCCACCAACUCAUCAUCUCUAAAUCACUUUAUCCAAAAAGAUAAUCACAUAAUUUCACGAACACAUAAUCAAUGCAUGAUAUGAAAGUUCCGAUUAAUUAUUAAUGGCACCAAGGUCACCAUACACUUACCAUUGAUUCAAUGAAGAACUGGCCAUUGAUUCAGCUGGACGUGAAGAAUGCAUUUCUUCACGGGGACCUCAAGGAAGAAAUAUACAUGGAACUUCCUCUUGGUUACACGAAGGGUGACAGUUCUUGGUAUGAUGUCUGCGUUGGUCUCUAUAUGGGUUAAAAAGGCUCCCCGGAUGUGGUUUAAAAAGUUUCACGAGACCAUUAUUCAAGCUGGUUUUUAUCAAAGUGAUAGUGAUCCUUCGUUAUUUCUGAGAUCUACAGCACACGGGUUGACGAUGCUUUUGAUCUAUGUUGAUGACAUGGUGGUUAGCGGGGACGAUGUCGAGGGUGAUUUGUCUUAUUUUCUCGAUUUGGAAAUUCAUCGCUCUUCUACAAGGAUUCAUGUUGCACAACAUAAAUAAGUGAUCGAUCUGCUUGAAGAGGCUCAGAUGGAUGAUUGUGUUUCUUGUGCUACUUCGAUGGAACAAAAUCUUAAGCUUCGCCAGGGUAAUGGAGAACUAUUAUCCAGUGGUUCUCUCCAUCGUAGCAUUGUAGGAAGCUUAAUCUAUCUGACUCACACAAGACCGGAUAUUUCAAGUUGUGAGUCAAUUCAUGUCAGCUCCCCGGACGACUCACUGGUCUGCAGUACAACGUAUUCUCCGUUACCUUCGCGGUAGUCCCGAUGUUGGAUUAAUCUUUUCAACAGGGGGCGAGACCGUCAUGGAAGCAUAUGCCGAUGUUGAUUAUGCUGAAUGUCUUGAUACACGACGUUUGGACUUCUGGUUUGUGUAUUAAGGUGGACAGUUUAUUUAUUUCAUGGAGGUGUAAGAAGCAGGACCGUGUUUUCAAGUCAUCUAUUGAGGCCGAGUAUCAUUCCAUGAGUGAUGUAGCGUCCGAGAUCACCUGGCUGCUACAUCUGCUUGCUGAAUGGGGUGUGGUUAUUCAGCCACCAGUUCGAUUUUAUGUGGACAACACAAGCGCGAUCUGUAUUGCCACAAAUCCAGUUUUGCACGACUGGACUAAGUACAUUGAUGUUGCGAAAGCAACAUCAAUUUGAGGGAGGGUGUUAGAAGUUAGAGGUACUAUUCUGUAAUCAACCCUUUUUAGGGUUAUACUCGUCCAAGUAUAUAUGUGGUGAAUGGCCGAGAUUAUUGAUGUAUUCUGUAUGUGAGAAAUAACAAAAACUCUGCCUUGUGCCGUGGACUAGUCUCAACCUAAAUCGUUAAGAAAACCACGUAAAUUUUGUGUUCUAUGUUCAUGCUUUUACAUAUUUGUUCGGGAUUUUGACAGUUGUCAUAGGCAAUCACACCUCCAACCUUUACUAACAGCUCGUGGUAUUUGUUGUAGCUUGUUUUUGUCAUAGGCAAAAACUCUGACAGUUGUGAAAUCUUUUUCGUAAGGAAGAUCUACCUGAUUACUGUGACAUAAAAAAAUACAAUAUGUCAUUCCUUACGAAAAAGAUUUCACAGAAAAUCUCAUUCCCACCAAGGCUAGGCCUAUCCAAAUGAAUUCAGACAUUGAAAAACAUUGUCGACAAGAAAUUAAAGAAUUGCUCAAAAAGGGCCUUAUCAGAUCUAGCCAAUCCCAAUGGAGUUGUUCUGCAUUCUAUGUCAUUAAUAAUGCAGAAAAGGAACGUGGAAUACCUCGUCUUGUUAUAAACUACAAACCGUUGAAUAAGGCUCUCAAGUGGAUUAGGUAUCCUAUCCCCAACCAAAAGGAUCUACUCCAGAAACUUUCACAGUCACUAAUAUUUUCUACAUUUGACAUGAAAUCCGGAUUUUGGCAAAUCCAAAUCAAAGAAACAGACCACUAUAAAACUGAUUUUACCGUUCCCUUUGGCCUAUAUGAAUGGAACGUCAUGCCGUUUGGUUUGAAAAAUGCUCCCUCAGAAUUUCAAAGAAUUACGAAUCAAAUCUACUCUCCUUAUUUUGAUUUCAUAAUAGUUUAUAUUGAUGAUGUGCUGGUUUUUUCUUCGUCCAUUGGAUAACAUUUCAAACAUCUCAAUUUAUUUCUUGAAGUUACUCGACGUAACCGUCUGCCUGUUUCUAAACCAAAACUUUGUUAAUUUCAAACUAAGAUACGUUUUUUGGGUCACUACAUUAGUAAAGGAACAAUUGUUCCAAUCCAAAGAUCUCUUCAAUUUGCAGUUAAAUUUCCUGAUCAAAUUUUAGACAAAAAUCAAUUACAACGGUUCCUAGGUAGUUUAAACUAUGUCCUUGACUUUUAUCCCAACAUCAAUCUUCUUUGUAAACCUCUCCAUGAUAGAUUGAAAAAGAGUCCACCUCCCUGGAGGGACCAGCAUACCAAAACAGUUCAGCUAAUUAAGAGGGAGGUUCAGAGUCUCCCGUGCCUUCACAUAAGUGAUCCUUCUCUCCCUAAAAUCGUCGAAACCAAUGCCUCUAACCUAGUAUAUGGAGGAAUCGUUAAGCAGAUUCAAAAUGAUAAGGAGUUGUUGGUACGCUUUACUUCUAAGCAUUGGAACCCUACCCAAAUCAAUUACUCCACUAUCAAAAAAGAACUGCUUGCUAUUGUUUUAUGCAACUCAAAAUUUCAGCAUGAUUUGCUCAAUCAAAAAUUUUUACUACGCAUUGAUUGCCAAUCAGCAAAAUACAUUUUGGAAAAAGAUGUUCAAAACCUUGCUUCUAAACAAAUAUUUGCACGAUGGCAAGCCAUCCUUAGCAUUUUUUAUUUCGACAUACAAUUUAUAAAUGGUUCUUCAAACUCUCUUCCAGACUUCCUUACUCGGAAAUUUUUGCAGGGAGGACGAAGUGCGGAAAACUCUAAGGCUUGCAAUCUCCAGUCAUAAUGCCCCCUACCACUAGAUUGCGAGAUAAAGAGAAUAUCAAAAUCAAAACAUGGAGAGAGAUAUUUGAUGAUGAACAAGGAAGCCCUGAUCCUUCAAGUGAGUAUGAAGGAAGUUCUGAUGAUUCUGGUUCACACUCAAUUUCAUAUAAAGCUUUAAUCAAUAU